UAUCCGUUUGGGAGUCACGAGCUCGAUGUCAACUCCACUCCUUAAAUCCACGCAAGUUGUAUUUACAUUUUAAUUUAAUUUAGCGGUAGCCGGAUUAAAAUUAACUUCCUUAACAGUGGGAUUUGUUGUUGCACUAUAUGUGGCGAUUUUAUGAAUGAAUAGAAACACGUCCGUAUGAUGGGAGUUAGCUGUCGGUUGCAGAUAGACUCCCGACAAGAAGCUUGAAAACAGUCUACUUUUAAGCAAAGAAUCGAAGAUACUAGAUGUAUUUCCUUGUAACGAAACAUCGGAGUGUUCAGGCAAUGUCAUGUUUCUUAUUCCAUCAUCGUUUAGUAAGAAUGUAGUGUACAUAAAUAAUAUCGAAGAGGAAUAUUUUUAAAAUAUGUUCAGUCUUUCAGUUUUAAAUAGCGGCAUACUGUGACAAAGCAUAACAUUGGUAAUCUGCGAUGUUGAAACCAUAAAGCUCACAGGUUUGGUAGAUUUUUUUCUCCAAAAGUUUUAACAUUACCGAGUUGCCUGGAUGUCUCAUUUUACAAAUUAUGACCGAUUUCGGCAUAGAUCGUUGUUAUGCAAGAACGGCGUUAACUUAAGAUGAACAGUCGUUUCAAAUUAAAUGUUACAUAGCAAAACCACAUUUGACAGCUAGCUUCAAUAUCGGUUAAAGUCAUUUUAAAUGUCCGGUUUCCAGAACUGUUUCCUUCAUUCGAAGAAAUUGGCAUGGUAAUAUGCAGUUGGCUCGUAUUUGGUACUUUGGUAGCUACUUUAUUUCAAACUGUUUAUUACAAUGAUUGUGAUUCGUCACCUCUGUGCUAGUUAAUGGUGAUAAACUAUGUAAAGGAAUCUGUUUUUAAAUGAUCUUCAUUAACUAGGUUAGUUAAGUUGCAGUUGAGUUUUAAUGUUUCCCCAUGCACUCCCAGAACUGCUGCAUUCUGCCAAAUAUUUUUUCCCCCGUAGUUGCCCUAUUUUGUAACAUGACUCGCUCGUGUGCAUAUUAAUUGUGUUUUUAAAGGUGUAAUAUUGAAAAGAUCAGCUUGAUGGAAAAAAAGCUUACCUGUAAAAUACUUAUAACAAACUUUUACAUAAUUUGAGGCAUAGGGGAUAACAAACGAUAGUCCUACUGGAGAGAAUCUGAAAUCUGUAGGCAAGGACGGAGACAAAGGCUCAUGGAUCAACCCAGAGUUAUAGACCGGAUCCUGGAGAAUAUUUCCUUGUCCGUGAAGAAGCUGCAGAGUUACUUUGCUGCCUGUGAGGACGAGACACCAGCCAUCCGGAAUCAUGACCGUGUCCUACAGCGUCUGUGUGAGCAUCUGGACCAUGCUCUGCUCUAUGGGCUUCAAGACAUCUCCUUGGGCUAUUGGGUUCUAGUUGUUCAUUUCACUCGUCGGGAAGCCGUUCACCAGAUUGAGGAGCUGCAGCACAUCGCCACCAACCUCGGCCGCAGCCGGGCUUGGCUGUACCUGGCACUGAGUGAGAGCUCACUGGAGAGUUACCUCCGUCUGUUCCAGGAGAACCAGGCACUGCUGCAGAAGUACUAUUUCAAACAUGCCUUGGUAUGCAGUCAUGACCACCUCGCCCUCUUCCUCACCCUAGUGUCGGGACUGGAGUUCAUCCGCUUCGACUUGGAGCUGGAUGUUCCAUACCUGGAUGUGGCCCCUUACAUGCCAGAAUACUACAAGCCACAGAACCUGCUGGACUUCGAAGAGAGGCUGCCCAGUUCAGAUAGCCUGUCCCUGCACUCCUUCACAUCUCUGACCUCUACCAACCUGGAGUGGGAUGACAGCGCCAUCGCGCCCUCCAGUGAGGAUUAUGAUUUCGGUGACAUCUUCCCUGUGUUGCAGUCAGUACCAAAUGCAGAAUGGGAAGAAGGAGACCUGACAGAUCCGGCCAGCUGCCCUCGCUCCGGUGCAUCAGAUCCCCAAACAUUCAUCACUACUCCGCUGUGCACAGGGACUGGAUCAGGGGAAGUAAUCCCACGCAGCCCCACAUUUCGCUACAACCCAUUCAACGAGGAGGCCAGCACUAAGCCCUCACUCGUUACUGUCAUUCCUGUGCAAGUAUCCUGUCCGGAGGACACCACAACUAAAGGGGACACGGAGGGCGUAGGCACAGACUUAGAGGUCAUCAGAGUGGGCCGUCGCAAAAAGCCGGGAAAGAAGCGCCGCGCAAAGGGAGCCUCGGAAACUGUGACCACCCACAACAACAUUCCAUCGAAGAACGACAUUAACCGAGGCAUACAGGAGGGGAAUGAGGAGAUGAGACCCAGUCGUCAGGGUUCUGAGGAGGAGGAUGAUGCCGAAAGCCGACUUCGUCUUCCAGAAAUGUCAGACACCUCCAUGGACAGUAUGGGACAGCCGCUAGAAGCAGUGGUGGACCGGCUGAAUGGACCUCUAGAUGGCCAGGCUGGUGGGAAGGGCGACAAGGCAGGCAGAGUCACCAACGGGCAGUGGCUAUCUCAGCAGCAGUUGUGUCCAGGGGUCUCGGAGGUCGACACCCCUGAUAGAUCCCAGGUCCCCAAUGCUGGCUUCCUGCAUGUGCUCCCAGCCCCUGCAGAUUUCUACCGCUUCGCCCCCCACAGUCCAGACCCUGCUAGCCCAGGCGGUAGCUUAUAUGACUCUGCAGAGAAUGGCCAGCAAGAAGCUGCUCAUGGCGACCAUGAGGAUGAGCAAGAGGAUGAAGGAGCAGAACCGAAAGCUAAUGAUGUUACUUCAGCUGCAUUAUCAAAGGUGGACCAGGAGCAAACAUGUCCACUGGCUGCGGAGGCAGGUUCUGCUGUCUGUAAGGAAGAGGAAGAUGAGGAGGUGCAUAGGUCCAGCCCACUGGACUGUAGUCAUCCUGCAGAGUUCAGGGUAGAUAACAAUCACCUGUUGCUGCUGAUGAUUCACGUCUUCAGGGAGAACGAAGAACAGCUGUUCAAGAUGGUGAAGAUGAGUACAGGCCACAUGGAGGGUGAUUUGCAGCCUCUCUACCUGCUGCUGACUGACUGUUACAUCUACCUGCUCCGUAAAGGUGCUGCCGAGAAACCUUAUACGGUGGAGGAGGCAGUGUCUUACAAUGAGCUGGAUUAUAUCUCUGUGGGGCUCGAUCAGCAGACCUUCACGCUCGUCUGUACCAAUCGAAGACGGCAGUUCCUGCUGGACACUGCCGAUGCAUCACUUACUGUCUGGUUUCUGGGUGUGCUGAGGUCUGCCAUGAUAAAAGGUUGCCGGGAACCGCCGUAUCCCGCCGUCCUGACGGAUGCCACCAUGGAGAAGCUGGCCCUUACUAAAUUUGUAUCCCAGGAGUCACAGUGUGAGGUCUCUGCAGUCUCUAUCCAGUUGUAUGCCUUGGUGCACUGGGAGGACCCAAUGGAUAUGACUGUGUCCAGCCGGGCAGAUUCCUGCGACCACUCUGACUCCAAGGAAGGACCCCUGCUAUAUCUUGCAGGAACCACAUACCUUGGCAAGGAGCAUUGGAAGAGCUGUUACAUGGUGCUCAGCAAUGGGACUUUGUACCAGUAUGCAGAGAAAACAGAUGUAACGCCACUUCUGUCAAUCACCAUGGGGGGGGAACACUGUGGAGGUUGCAGGCGCUCCCACUCUACUGAGCGUCCACAUGCUUUCCAGAUUAUCCUGACAGAGCACCCCCCACUGCAGCUCAGUGCAGAAAAUGAGCAGGACAUGGCCAUCUGGAUGCAGUUGCUCUGUCAGUCUGUGUCCAAAGGGAAUUCGUAUUCUAUCUGCUCCCAGGUGAUUCCUCAGGGAGUAGCUCCCUCACCCUGUAUCCCCUGCUGCCUGGUUCUGACGGACAGAAGGCUGCUGACCUGCCAUCAGGACUGCCAGACAAACUUCUUUCGCUUGCUAGGAGGGGCUGAACUGCAUGACAUUACAGCCAUUUGUCUGGAAAUGGACAAAGAAUAUUGUGUCAUUGAGUUUGCAGUAGACAGAGCUCAGUUCCUGCCUCCAUGGGUCCUUUAUUUCAGCAGCUGUGAGGAAAGGGCUCGUCUGCUGGAGGCACUGGAGAACAGCUGGAAAAACAUCUUUAAGGUGUGCCUGCCCCGCAAGGCCAUGUUGGAUCCCCUUAUGCGGGCGAGGAGUAGGGAGGCACUGGGGCUGAUUCGAAGUGCUUGGCAGCGCAGUGACAGCCUGCAGCGUGGUCGAGCUCAAAGGGAACCUUGGUGCUAAAGGACAAAGGGCCUGUAUCACUAACACCUGCUGAUUGCAUGGAUAGCAGGACCUGGGAGGUGUUCACACAAAGCAGGAUCUCUCCGUUUGUUAGGUUUACUCAAGCUAGAAGUCAUGAUUGUCCAAUUAGAGUUUAGGUAAGGAGCAUUCCUACUGGACAGUCAUGACUUCUAGUAAAAGUAACCCUAGAUAACUGAGAAAUCCCCCCAGAUCGGUACAUAACUGAGAUUAUAUUCAGCAGUAGAGUCGAGCCCCUAAAAACGAUAAGCUGUCUCAUUCAGUUAUAAUUGCAUGGAGGUAGCUGCGGCACAUUAAAGGUAUUUUGGAGGUAGGACUUCUGCCUGGUGUUGAAUAGAAUCGUAAUAGUUCUUCUAAUCACGAAAGCUAAUGUAUAAAAUAGCAGCUCAGUGUUUGUGUUCAUCCCUGUGAUCAAUGGGGCACAAAACUCCUUUCACCAGGCACUAGUAUGAACCAACCUCAGUAAAAGGUAGAGCACCACCAGUGUAUGUGUGAGCUGCAUGUCAUAAGAACCUAGUAAAAACUGGUUCUAUCAUACCACAGUCUGUUGCUAAAACUGCUUCCCCAGAACAUGUAGGUAUGUUUUUAUAAUUGCUGGAUUGGUGAACAACCGGAAUUUUAAUAUUGACUUGCCUCCUAAGAUAUCCCAGGUCACUCUAGUGGACAAUAUCGCUGCUUUUCUUCAAGCAUGUAGAAUGUAUAUGAUGCGGUACAUGGCAUGUUGGUGCCUGAUACCAACACCAAAAAAAUAAAUAUCAAAUAGUGACAAGAUAAAAUGUCAGUAGUAAGCUGCCCUGGUUAUUGUUUUACAGCUUGGCACACUAAUGGGAAUCGCCUGCAAAGAACAAUUGUACAAAGUGUGGAAUCCCUCAUUGAAUACGAGACAGCUGAUGAUUUCAUUAGUGCUGUAAUAUAACUGUGCCAUACAGAAGUGCUAAUGUAGACUUUACUGCACAUGAUUGGGGGAUUCAUACUGCUUAACUUGUGUAUGAAUGAGAGAGCAGGAGAACGCAAACAUUGGUUGCUUCUAAGACAACGGUCACUUUUUGUGUGUGCAUAUUGCUUGCAUAUUUAUUACUUUUUAAACUAUUAAGCCACUUGCAUGUUUUGAGCUGCACUUCACAAUUGCGUGACGACUAAGAAGGGAGUUAGACCUGCCAUCAUAAAUAUUUUAGGAAUGAAGAGGAGUUGAUCAGGGUACACAUAUCGUAUUGUAUGGACAUUGCUGGACAAUGAUGAAGUAAAUAUUUUGACUGGUCAAGCUUCACCUUGAAUGUAAAAAUGGUUAUUCAGCCAUUCAAGUUUUUAUUUUGUAUGUGACCAUUUGAAGUAUACAAAUACGGUAAUGGGAUUAAAUAAUUGUAUCCUAAUAAAAAUAUCCUCGUUGCAUAUUAAACCUUGCAUGCUGUAAUAUUCCAUCAAUAUGAUGUAUAUAUGUACAAUGUUGUGUAAAUAUGCAAAUAAAGACAUCUAAAUUGGUU